GAUUUACUAGGUUUGAAAACACAUGUGGGAAUUAAGAUAGAAAAGAGACAAUUUCAAUGUGACCACUGUGGAAUGGAAUUUGACCACAAAAGUGAAAUGGAAAGACAUGUGAUGGUACAUACGGGAAAGAAUCUAUUUGAAUGUAAACAUUGUGCACAGAAAUUCAAGAGAAAUAGCGAUCUGAAAAUGCAUUUAAGGACACAUCCAGAAGAGAACGAUUCAUAUGAAUGUGAGCACUGUGCAAAGAAGUUUUACAGCACUUAUCAUUUAAAAAGACAUUUGUUGGUACAUUCAGUAGAAAGACCAUAUCAAUGUGAGCUUUGUGAAAAGAAGUUUAAGAGCGAUAGUGCAUUAAAAUCACAUUUAAUGACACAUAAAAGAAAGCAACAUACAGGAGAGAAAGUAUUUGAAUGUCAACAUUGUUCAAAGAAAUUACAGAGCAGUAGUCGAUUAAAAACACAUUUACUAGUACAUUCAGAAGAAAGGCCAUAUCAAUGCGAGCAUUGUGAAAAAAAGUUCAAGAGUAACAGUACCUUAAAGUCACAUUUUAAGACACAUUCAGAGAUAAGACCAUUUGAAUGUGAAAUUUGUUCAAAGAAAUUUAUAAGAAAUAGUGAUUUAAAAACACAUUUGAUGAUACAUACAGGAGAGAGACCAUAUGAAUGUGAACAUUGUGGGAAGAAAUUUAUAAGAAAUGUUGAUUUAAGUAGACAUUUGAGGAGAUAUACAGUGGAGAAACAAUAUGAAUGUGGACAUUGUGAAAAUAAAUUUACAAGCAUUUGCAGUUUGAAAAGACAUUUGAAA